UUAAUGUGCCGUGGAGCUGGUGCGUGUUCCAGGGAGCCGCCGGGGCUGGAGGAUGCUUAGGACCCAGGGGAAGCGCUGUGGAGCCUGGCUGGCUGGGCUUGGAACGACUCCUGCCUCCCCGGCCAGGACUUCUCAGGUGUCCCGGUACGCGGAGCUGUGCGAGGCGAGUGGGGCCCUCCUGGCAGCUGCCCCUGCCCCACGUCCGUGCCCAUGCUCUGGACCCCCUGGGCACCCAUGUGCUGGCCCGGGGACCCCUUCGCACCAUGAAUGACCAGUACCACCGAGCCGCCCGGGACGGCUACCUGGACCUGCUGAAGGAAGCCACCAAGAAGGACCUGAACUCGCCAGAUGAGGAUGGCAUGACCCCGACCCUAUGGGCCGCCUACCACGGCAACCUGGAUGCCCUGCGCCUCAUUGUCAGCAGAGGGGGUGAUCCAGACAAAUGUGACAUCUGGGGGAACACCCCCCUCCACCUGGCAGCAGCCAAUGGUCACCUGAACUGCCUCUCCUUCCUCAUCUCCUUUGGGGCCAAUAUCUGGUGCCUGGACAAUGACUACCACACCCCACUGGACAUGGCAGCCAUGAAGGGGCACAUGGAGUGUGUGCGGUACCUGGACUCGAUUGCUGCCAAGCAGAGCAACCUCAACCCCAAGCUGGUGAGCAAACUGAAGGACAAGGCCUUUCGGGAUGCAGAGAGGAGGAUUAAGGACUGUGUGAAGCUGCAGAAGAAGCACCACGAAAGGAUGGAGAAACGGUACAGAAAGGAGAUGUCAGAUAAUUCGGAUACCAUGAGCUUUUCCAGCUAUUCAAGCAGCACCUUAAGCAAGAAGUUCCAGCACAUGUCUAUGGUGACUUCCCUGCCAUACUCACAAGCCACCAUCCAUGGCACAGCCAAGGGAAAGACGAAAAUACAAAAGAAAUUAGAGAAGAAGAAGCAGGUGGACGGGACAUUCAAGAUCUACGAAGAUGGCAGGAAAAGCGUUCGGUCUCUGUCUGGUCUGCAGCUGGGCAAUGACGUCAUGUUUGUGAAGCAGGGCACGUACGCCAGCCCGAAGGAGUGGACUCGCCGCAAUAUCCGAGACAUGUUCCUCACGGAUGAAGACACUGUCUCCCGUGCCAUAAGUGACCCAGGUUUGCACAUGGACUCGGCCCACUCGGAGGUCAGCACUGACUCCGGACACGACUCCUUGUUCAACCGCCCCGGGCUGGGCACCAUGGUGUUCCGGCGCAACUACGUGAGCAGUGGGCUCUUCGGGAUCGGCCGGGAGGACGGGGGCACGCUGGGGGAGGACAGCGCCGACGGGAUGGGCGUCAGACUGCGGAGCCGCCUGCAGCGCUCGCCAAGUCUCAACGACAGCAUUGGCAGUGCCAACAGCCUGCAGGAGAGGAACGCGGAGGAGCUGCCCUGGGAUGAGGUGGAGCUGGGCUUAGACGAUGACGAUGAACCAGACACAAGCCCCUUGGAAACUUUUCUGGCUUCCCUGCACAUGUUUGAAUUCAUCUCCAUCCUGAAGAAGGAAAAGAUUGACUUGGAGGCCCUCAUGCUGUGUUCAGACAAUGACCUGAAGAGCAUCAAUAUCCCUUUGGGCCCCAGGAAGAAGAUUGUGGAUGCCAUCCAGAGGAGACAACAAACACUGGAGAAGCCAGAUGUCAUUGUAGACACUGAACUGUAAGUAGGAGAUGGAGUGUCUGAGGGGUUAAACCCUUCAGCAGGUGGAGAUAUGGAUAAUGUAAGGUCUUGUUUUCAACCUGCUUUGGAAGAGUCCAGGUAACCUCAGCACUUCUGUGUGUGGGCAAAUUCUUGCUCAUGUGGAAAGGAUGAGAGUUUGGAGAGGUGGCAAUAGUGUUAGUUCAUUACUCAACCUUAAUGUAACUGGGCAGGACAUGAAGCCCUUGUUUUGUUUCAUAACCCAUUUGAAUGCAGACUGCUUUGUGGUCUGAUGCUUCUCAGUCCAUGUAGCUGAGAUUUUCAACCACGCUCAGGCUUGUAUUGACUCUUCACCUUUUGAAGACAUUAGGAAAUCAACCACAAUUCCUGGUGGGAGCAGGCUGACGGCAGUGCUAGGUGGCUUUGGGAAUCCUUCCCCAAAUGCUUGAGAUCUUACUCAGUCCUCUGGAGAUUGCAUAUCUGGGUUGGAGUUGUUGUGGUUUUAUGGUGUUUCCAGGGUUUGGUUGGUAGGGUUAAAGGCCUGUACCUGUCAGAGAGGAGAAGGGAAGGCCACAUGCACUAAUACCCCAAUUCACUAUGUUGUUUGGGCUUCCCAGCCUUCAGAUAUCUGUGUGCUGCUGUUACAGCCUUUCAGUACAGCUUGUUCUUGGAUCCUCACAGUGCUGAUAGGUUUUUCUUUUUUCCUUUGCAGAUAGCAGCAGCAUCUUUUUUUUUUUUUUUUUUUUUUUUUUUUUUUUUUUUUUUUUUUUAAUGCUUGAGAAACAAACCCAGUUCUAAGUUGCCAGAAAACACAAGCCAGAGACUCCCUUUCUGGGGCAGCUGAAAGCUACAGCCAUCCCCGCCAGUCCCACGGGACUGCUCCCUCACUGUGCUCCCUGUCUGUGCGAUGCUCCCAAUGGUUCCUGGCACGGAGGGACAAGAAUUGAGAUUGGACCAGGCAGCUCCAACCUGCCAACCUUCAAAGGAUCAUGGUCUCCCACUUGCUGGAGGAAGGAGUGAGCUGCACAGAUGGCUGGGACGCUGUUGUCACAGGCUGUGAGACCACACCAAGCCAUGAAUGGAAGGAGAUAAUGUGAUAUUUUCAA